GACUGCUCAUGAUUGGGCGGGGAACUUUAAGACGUUCGGACAGACGGAGGUUGAUGACAACAACCCUUACUACGCUUUGUUUGUAAAUUAACUAAACCAAGCUAGUAGUUAUGAUGUUUUUGCAACGUAAAGGUUAUAUUUUAUUUUAUAUUUGUUGAAUAUAAUGAAAGUAUUGGCUACAAAAGGAGGAAUCAGACCAACAGAAGGUGGCAGUGAGGAAUCGACUAUCUUCCCUGAAGCCACGACAGUGUGGCGCAUGCGCAUAAGACGAACUGCAGUGUAGUUCCUUUUUAUUUAAGCAUGGCUCUGGUUCCGUAUGUAGAAAACGCUUUACCCGCGCUUUCCAAACUCCACAAUUCAUCAGCUCAGUUUCGUUUCGCCAACCACAACCUCAGCCUGGCCCAGGACUGGAAAAAACUCGGGGUGGCAGCUGUCGUGUGGGAUGCGGUACGUGUUUUUUCUAACAUAGCAACGUUCCCUCUGCUGUUUAUUAUGUAAUUAAAGGCGCAGUACGUGUUUUUCAGGCUGUUGUCAUGUGUAUGUACCUGGAACUGGGGAAAGUGGAAUUACAGAGGAAGAAAGUGAUUGAACUGGGAGCUGGGACUGGACUGGUGGGGAUUGUUGCAGCUUUGAUGGGUGAGUUUUACAGCGUCAGUCAAUUUCUAUCAACCAUUUACUCACGCAGUCUCUCACAAAUUUAUGAAUAUAUGAAUAUUCCAGGUGCCAAAGUGACCAUCACAGACAGACAGCCCGCCCUGGACUUCCUUGCAGCAAACGUCAAAGCAAACCUGCCCCCGGACUCUCAGGAAUCAGUGGUUGUAUCAGAGCUGACAUGGGGAGAGGGUCUUGACCGCUAUCCGCCUGGCGGUUUCGACAUCGUGCUCGGAGCUGACAUUAUUUACCUGGAGGACACCUUUGUGCCGCUGCUGCGGACUCUGGAGCACUUGUGCUCAAGCACGACUGAGGUGCUGCUCGCCUGCAAGAUCCGAUACAAGAGGGAUACAGACUUUUUGGGCAUGUUGGGGACGAGUUUUGCAGUGGAGGAGGUUUACUACGAUAAAGAGAGGGACAUUUAUGUGUAUAAAGCUUUGAAACUGCCUCCAAGGGGAGAUUUGUGAAAUUGAUCGGACUCUAAAGGGAUAUUCCAGAGUGAAAUUAAUUUAGGGUCAAACAAAGUUAGACACCCCCUCAAGAGAUAAAUGUUGCCGACCGCUUGCUUCUCUAGUUAUACCAACUUUAGUAAUGACCGCACACUAGCAAUACACAGCGGUCUGGGGAGCCAUAAACAAACCUCAACCAAAACGCCACUCUAUAGCCACGAAUAAUACUCAGAACAGCACCUAACUUCAACUGUAACUUCAACGGUAAUCUCUGCCAAUUCAAUGGUCAAGAGAAAUGAUCAUAAAUGUUCUUCCUUUAGCUGUGACACCCCUCAGCAGCUGCUGGAAGAGAGUAGGUGAGUUGUGUUUAGUCUCGUUGCUAAAGAAAUUAGGCAAAGUUAAAAAGAUGUUUGGUGGCUAGUACUAUGGCUGUGACCCUAUAUGUACUGUUGAUGAAGUUAGGUGCUGUUCUGAACAUUAUUUAUGGCAUUUUGGUUGAGGUUUGUUUAUGACUCUUCAGACCGCUGUGUAUUGCUAGCGUGCAGUUGUUGCUAAAGUUGGUAUAACUACAGAAGCAGGAGGUCGGCAACAUUCAUCUCUCUGCAGGGUUGUCUAACUCGGUGUUACGGUGUGUUUGAACCUAAGUUUAUUUUACACCGGAAUAUCCCUUUAAAUGCCUUAUUUUUGUAAUACAUGAACAUUUUUGCAGACAAAUCAAUAAAAUCUCAUAAAAGAUUACAGAAACACAUUUAUUAACAGCUGCCAAAAAAUGUAAUAUUUGAAUAGCUCUAACAUAAUGCACUGUAUCAUACGAGUUGGUGCUGACAUUUAGAAAUCGUGAAUACAAAAUUAACGAAAAGCAACAUAAAAAAAAGCUUACUAGAUCUUAACAAAACAUGAAACCCAAAAUAAUACAAUACGGCAGUCCAUGAUUGUGAAAAUCUCAGUUUUUUUUGUUCAUGGUGAAGUUAUAAAUUCAUCGCACUCUGCAAUCCGUACGCGGGGUGUUUUCGAUCGAUGCGACAGAGCUGUGCACAACUUAAAACGUUAACUGCAUGGUGACGCCAAAGCAAUAAAACACUCAGAGAGUGAAACUAUCCUGCAGAAUCGUGUGAAAUGUAGAAGGAUUGUAUGUGCGAGAAAAAGUGCACACGCCACUUGAUCAGAGUAAACAGUUAGGCUGGUACAUCAAAAGCUGAGAACUGGGCGCAGUCGAUAUUUGACGGGAGAUGUUUAAUCGUAACUUGUGCGAAAGUGAUGCAGAAAUUUCCAGAAACAAAAACCAGGGGGCAGCACGGGUCAAGAGACGGUGCAGUUAAGGUAACCUGUGCUGUCGAAUAUGGGAAACAUCUGAAAUUUGUCCAGAAAUAUGCAGCAAUUUAUUUUUUUCAUUCAAAAGGAAAAGAAAGAAAAAAAGAGGCUCAUUGUUUCGAUUUCAGCUCUAAAAAUCAGUAAAAAGUAAAUGCUUGAAGAAAAAUUAAAACACAAAAUCUGCUCUUUUUUUAAAAAAUACGCUUUUUCGCUCACAAACUGUCACCGUCUUUUGUUCGUGUUACUUUCUCCUUGCUUUUGAAAAAACAGGCGUCAAAACUGAGCCGGACACAGACCCCGUUACUGAGCUGGAAAAUUCAUCUCAAAGCUUCAGUCCAGUCUGUUCUGACGGUUCUGCUCAGGUUCAACCACACACAACUUCUGUUUUCACUUUCCACCAUCAUACUUAUAAAAUAUACAGUGUACGCCCCGCUAUAGACAUCUACAGCAAGCAGCGGGGAACAAAUUUCACAGCCGGCUUCUGCUUUUUUUUGUGUAUCUAAAGACGCAGAAAACAAAAACAAUGAGCCUCUGAAUGAAUCAUGCUUCAUAAACGAUCUUCAUAAGUCUCUUUUUCGUCGUGUGUAAAUUCAUCGUACGACCCGGUUUAAUGCUUCGCUUUUAUGUCCACAAGGCAGAGUUAUUCAAAAGUACAAAAAAAAUAAAAUGGCGGUACAUGACGAACGAAAACGAAGCUAAAAGAUAAAAAGUCCGUGACACAGCCCGUCUACACUUGAAAGCAUUAGUAAGUAACAGAAGUUAAUGCAGGAGCGCCGUUUACAAACUCUGCACACGAAGGUCAAGUCUCCAGAUGAUCCGAGAGUUUUGAGGGGAAACGCCGUGAGAAAUCUCGCUUGUGAUGUUGCUCCGGAAGCGGCCCGUUUGCUGGUGAUGCCGCCUGGUUUGGUCCAGGUACCAGUGACCGGGACGCUUCCCUUCGAAGGAUCCUUCUGUGUUCCUCCUCGUUUCCUUCACUCCCUUUCUUUCCGUUGCUCCGGCCUUUCGUGGGAAACUGAAAUUCAAAUUGCUCGAAACAGAGAGAGAAGGUGUGUUUGUGUUUCUAUUCCGGGUGAGUCGGACAUUUUAGCAGUUUUUAAAAAGAAAGCCGAAGAGUAGAAAAAGGGGGGGGAGUGUCUUCCAGGUGCGCGGCUCUGAGCUGAGUCUCUGUACGCGCUUACAGAAGAGCACCUGGGCAGGCGUCAGGGUGGCGGUUUCUACUCGGAUUUGUGGCAGUACAAGUCUUUGAGGGCUUUGAGUUCCUCGAUGAGGGUUUUGUUCUGGUUCUCCAGCACGGCAACACGGUUCUCCAGACACUUGACGUACUCCUUCUUC